CCACCACCAACACCACCAGUCAGAAACCCACAAGAAGAGGAGGAGGAGGGCAUGUCCACCUAAACUAUCCCGGAAACUCUUUAUUUUGUGUCAGAUAAUGAACAAUUCCACGCCGCCAUGAGUUGGAAGCCGGCCAGGGACAGGGAGAAGUAUGGCGUGGCCAUCUACAACUACAGUGGCAUCAGUGACUCGUGCAUCAAGCUCAAUGUUGGAGACACAGUGCACAUACAAGAGGAGCUGGACGGCUGGUUCUUCGGGUACAGUCUGCAGAACAGCGCCACCAGGGGAGUGUUUCCUAAGUCCUUCAUACAGAUCCGAGAAUGCAUUGUGGACAAGACAGGGCCGGUGGAGGUGGUGUCGCCGCGCCUCCCCCCCAUCGUGCAGGAGGUGACGGCCGUGCUGAGGGAGUGGGGGAUACUGCUCAGAAAGUUGUACCUGGAGCACAAUAAGCACUUUGACUUCCUGAAGGAGACCAUGCUGGAGCUGCACGCCAUGAGGAGGAGGGUGCUCUCCGGGAAACUGCCCGUCGAUGAGCUCAAGAAGAUCAAACAAGGCAUCACCAGGAGGAUUGAUCGACUUAAUGCGAAGCUUGGUCUGGAUCUGGUGGUGAGGGACGAGAGUGGCAACAUCCUUAACCCGGCCAUCACCUCUGCCGUCAAACUGUUCCGACACCACCAAGAUGCCUCGGAAAAACUGUCUAAGGGGGAGAGCAGUACCCCGGAGGAGGCACACACCCGCCGGAAGCCACACCUCUCCUGGACCAUUCUCUUCUCCAUCAAGAACAUUAUCAUCAAGGUACCCGAGGACACUGAGAUAUCGCUGGGUCUGUACAUAGGCGACCCGCGGGAGGGAAAGGAGCGCCCACUGACAGAGUCCUUCAUCAUUCCUUGGACUGAUGGAGGAUACACACAAGAUCUCACCUUCCUCGACGAACUCAAGUGCUUGUUCACGGACCUCAACACCCACACACUGGAGAACAACCAGGUGUGGCUCAUUGGAACAGUGAUUCGGCAUGGCUGUAUGGCUGUCAAGGAGAUGGACCCCAGGAAGUCAAUGGCUGGGCAGGGGAAGAAGACAAUGCUUACCACAUCUGACUUCUUAAGGAGACCUUACGGCAUCAUCAUCAUGGACUUAACAGAACAGAUAAGGAAGAGGAAGGAAGCAGUACUCUCAGGAACACCUCAAAUGGAUGACGACAACAAGAAUCAACUCUUUGCUAGCAUGUUUCUGUGUGGGGAGAAGGAGACUAUGGACAUGAAGAAGCUGCUGUCAGUACGCGGGGACACCACCAAAGACAAGAUGGGCUUUCAAGGCAUCUGGUUCACUAUACAAGUCAUGAAUGGGGAUGUGAAGCAGCUGAAGGAGGCAAACUACCUUGAAGUACGAGAGGUUCCUGUGGCGUACCGUCUUGGCCUCAGCGACGUAGUGAUGCCCGGCGACGUGAGGAAUGAUCUCUACGUCACCCUGCAAAGUGGCGAGUUCUCCCGGGGCUCCAAGACAUCGGAUCGCAAUGUGGAGGUUACGGCGAGGGUGUGGGAUGACCGUGGAAAAUUUGUGCCGGGGGUAGUGUGGCGUGAUCACCAGGGUUGCCGCAAGGGUCCGCUGGAUGACUAUCGGUCCGUCACAUACCACCACGAACCAAAGCCACGCUGGGCCGAGACUUUCAAGAUAGCCUUGCCCGUUGAGGAAUUUAAAAAGGCUCAUAUUAAAUUUACCUUCAGACACAGAUCCACAAACGACGCGAAGGACAAAAGCGAGAAACCAUUUGCCAUGGCCUUUGUCAAGCUGAUUCAGAAAAACGGCACUACGCUCCAGAACACUGACCAUGAACUCAUUGUCUACAAGAUUGACAACAAGAAGUGGUCUGACAACGACUCAAGUUACCUGGGGCUGCCGUGGCUGAGGCUGCCGGGGGAGGAGUAUGGCAAGACAUGGCAGUUUGGCAUCGCUCCAUCACUCAAAGACAACUUCACCAUCUGCACCACCUUCUGCUCCACCAAACUCACUCAAAAUGGUGACCUCCUAAGGCUGCUGGAGUGGGGCUGGCAUGGGUCACAGGGCGGGGCGGAGCUGGAGGCGUGUCUGCAGGGGCUUGUCAGAGUCCCAGCGGAUGAAUUGAUGGUGUUUCUGCAGGAUACUCUGGAUGUGUUGCUGGAAAUCCUAAUGAAUAAUAGCACAGGGGAUUACAGCGACAAUAAGGUGUUUGAGGCCCUGGUUUACGUCAUCACCAUUGCCACAGACAAGAACAAGCAUGAGGCAUUCCAACCGGUUCUGGACACGUACAUACAGCAAAACUUCCACGCUGCACUGGCUUACAACCGGUUGAUCUACGUUUUGAAAUAUUACGUGCAGGAAGGCGAAAAAGCAACUGAUGAGAACAAAAAACGGGAUUCGCAAGAAACUCGACGAGCAGAAGAACUAAGGGAGAUGGAGAUAAUGAGACGCAAUGAGGAGAAAGGAACGAAGAAGGAGGAGAAGGCGCUGAGGAAGAGUGGGGAGGAGAAGGAGCUGGGGAGGAGGGAGGAGGAGGUGAAGGAGGAAGAGAAUUUGAGGAGGGAUGACUGGCAGGAGACACUGAAAAGAUCCAUGAAGUGUUUGCAGUACAUUUUCCGCUUCAUUAUUCGCUCCAGACAGCUGUUUGUCGAUUUGAAUGGAAGGGGUCAGGAGGAGUUUGAGAAGAGCUUGAAGGACUUACUAGACAGCAUGGCAGACUUGAUGACCAACACAUCGAACUCCACCCUCACCGUACAAGCUCAGUGUCUGCGUUCCAUCACCACUGCUAUUCCUGACAUCAUCACCAGUUUUAGCCCUGUCCAGCUCAGCCUGAUCCUGGCGCGCAUGGUUGACAACUUACAUCUAUCGCGCAUCCCCAAGCAGAAACUCAUGACAAUUAACGAAAUUAUACACAGUGAGCUCUUUAAGUUUCCCGAGUGUCGUCGAGUGUUGUUGCCGUGUUUCAUUGGUCAUCUGCAUCGUCUUAUGGUCUCCAACGACGAGAUAACAGGCACGGAUGUAGUGAUGCGUAAAGAGAAGAAGAAAAACAAGCUCAAACAAAUCUUAGACCUAGACAAGGAUAUUCAGUUGAAGGAGGAGAAGGAAAUGAGCGAAGAGCUCGAACUAUGCUCCAAGAUUCUGGGGGACAUUUUGGACGUUCUCUUCAACGCCGACAUAGGCCCGGUGUACGAAGACAUAGGCCUACUGUCAUUCAUGUUGCUGGAGGACAUUCUCUCGGUGGUCUCUUGGAUGAAGAAAGGAGACCCGUUGCUGGGUAACUUUGUGAGCAUCUUGGUGUCGCUGUUGAGGCAGAUGACUGACCGCCAUUACCACACCUUUCUGAACCGGUAUGAGGAGGUGGACCAUCUCUGUGCCUUCAUUUUAGAACUGUUGGAGGUCAUAGAGAAGCUUGUCAAGGAACCUGUGUUUGCUUCUGACUGGGCUGAGAUGAUCCUGCUGCAAAACCAUGUGAUAGUGAAGGUGCUGCAGCAGUUUUCGAGGGUCAUUGCCGAGAAGUUAUUGGAACCGUUCCGAGAGGAUGUGUGGAGCAAGAUUUUCCUAACCUCAAUUAAUUUCAUCUCGCAGUCCUCCCUGCAGCUGGAGAACUUUACAAAGAGCAAGAGGAACAAGAUUUUAGGACGCUACAAGGACAUGAGGAAGGAGACAGCCCUGGGAGUGAAGGGCCUUUGGUUUAGUCUGGGCAUGAACAAGAGUCGGUUUGUGGCAGGGAAGGAGUGCAGGGUGUCACUGGUGGGGCCCUUCCUGCAGAUGACAAUGCUGCCAGACACUGAGUUACGCAAGGCCACUAUUCCCAUUUUCUUUGACAUGAUGCAGUGUGAGUUCUAUGCCGCCAGAGAGAAGACUAGAGAAAACGAGACGCCCAAGAUUAAACAACUGGAGAAUGAAAUGCUGGAGAAACUGGACCAGCUUGUCGAGAGUGGCCAUGGCGACGAGCACUAUCGCGACAUGUUCAAGAAUAUCAUCGGGAGUCUCUGCCAGGGCCACGCCACCCUAUGCGACACAGGCAGGCGUCUUGUUACCACUGUCACACACCUCUUGGACCGCCUGCUGCAGUACAGGACCAUUAUGAACACACCAGACAACUCCAGUGAAACGCGAAUGGGUUGUAUUGUGAACCUGCUGGACUUCUACUCGGAGAUCAAACGGAAGGAACUUUACCUACGCUACGUAUACAAGCUGACCACUCUACACUUAGCCUGCGAGAACUACACAGAGGCUGGCUACUCUCUCAUGCAGCACACAAAACUCCUGCACUGGACCCCUGAACCACUGUCCCAGGCACUCCAUUCGCCCUUCUAUCGCCAUGUAGAGAGGCAUGACGAACUGAAGGAGACACUGUAUGAAGAUAUUAUUGGGUAUUUUGAUAAGGGCAAGAUGUGGGAGGACGCGCUGAAGCUGUGUAAGGAGUUGGUGAAGCACUAUGAGGAGGUGCGUUUUGAAUACACUAAGCUGUCCGAACUCCUCACUCGCAUGGCUAUCUUCUACAAAAACAUCAUGAACCCACAAAACCUGCGGCCUGAACCAGAGUACUUCCGUGUGGCUUACUACGGCAGAGGCUUCCCGGCGUUCCUGCAGAAUAAGGUGUUUGUGUAUCGAGGCAAUGGGUUUGAGCGACUGGAGGAGUUUCAAACAAGAAUUCUGGACCAAUUUCGCAACGCUGAGCUCAUGAAGAGACUUAAGCCACCCAGCGAAGAAGCCAAGGAGUCGCCCCACCAGUACCUGCAGAUUAGCAAGGUGGACUGUGUGGUGGACAAGGACAGUAGGUUUGCCGGGGCCAGUGUGUCGGAGCAGAUCAUCAGUUACUACCGUGCCAAUGACGUCAAGACCUUCAGCUACUCCCGCCCCUUCCACCGCGGCACCAGGGAUCCAGAGAAUGAGUUUGCCACCCUCUGUAUUGAGAGAACCACACUAGAGAUUACCUACCCGCUGCCUGGCAUCCUACGUUGGUUCCCAGUGAAGCAUGUGGAAACUGUGGAGCUGUCGCCGCUGGAGAACGCUAUCGAGACCAUGACACAGACCAACAUUGAGGUGCGCAUGUUGGUGAUUAAGUACAUAAUGAACGCUGGCUUGCAACUCAAUCCACUCACCUCCAAACUGUCCGGCAUCAUCACUGCGUACGUUAAUGGAGGCACUGCUAACUACGAGAAGGCGUUCCUCUCCGAAGAUUAUAGUGAUGCUCAUCCCGGAGACGCUGAGAAGCAGAAACAGCUCAGAGACCUUAUCGCCGCACAGAUCCCACUGCUGGAGGCCGGGCUGGUGGUGCAUGGGUACAGGGUGACAGAGGCGAUGCAGGGACUCCACUCUCACCUCGCUGAAACCUUCCGCAACAUGAAGGCAGAAGUCAGGGAGAAGUACGGAGAGCCGGAUAUGCCGGAUGAGUUACGUCAAGCUCUCCACCCCCAAAGGUUCCAAUCCGUCGUCAGUGUGGGAGGUGAAGGAGGGGCUUUGCGUUCGUCUCAGCUCUACCCUGCUGCCACUGAUGUUGGCGAGGUGGUGUACGCGCCCAACCCCCCUCACGGCAGCCUCCCCGGGACUGCUGCCACUGCCACCACCCCUGCCACCACCACCACCACCACCACCACCCCUGCCAGCCCUCGAAACAGCUUCACGCGAGGCCUCUUCUCUCACUCUACUCUCCCUCAUAAGUCUCUGUUUAUGGGGAUCUCGGCCUCGCACCUGUCGCUAUCUCGCCUCAGCACGGUCAGUAAGGGAGGAACUUUGCCCAGACACUACAAGAGUUCCACCUCAAUGGGCAAUGGUCACACUCCAAAGGCAAACAAGAAGGAGAAGGGAAUUAGCCGUCUUCUGCGCAGAGAGAGCUUUUCAUCGCAGCGGGAACCAUCAACACAGUGGUUCGAUCGUACAGACACACACUCCCCAACACAGAGAACGAUCCUGGAGCUUAAUGAGACCAUGCAGACUAUUCCGCUACGGCCCAAGAGGACUGAGUUAGAAGUGGACAACUAUUACAAGACAAGCCGACCCAGUUCUCUCACUCUUACUCUCACCCCUACCCCCUCCACCUGCUCCACCCCCUCCCCGUCACCCCCCGUUGGCUCCAGAGAGAGUUUGACCACGCCGACAGGGUCCGCGAUAGAGGAGAGGCCGCCCCUGCCAGCUAAACAGAGGGACCAGGAGGAUGGUCUUGGCACGGUCCGCCUCAGUGCUGCCUCCCUGCUGCCCACUGCUAAGAUUGGGGGUUUACUGGCAUUUCCACUUGACCUCCCCGAUGACCCGCCCCCACAGAAGCCCCCACGACCUGACAAAACCACAACCUCCAAGACACCACCUCUUCAUCCUCCAUUUUGUGAACCACCACCACCACCACCACCACCACUCCUACUAUUACUACUUUGAAAUUCAGGUUACUAGUAUCUUUUGAUAUAUAUAUAUUUUGUGUACGUACGUGCGUGUGUGUGUAUGUGUGUGUGAGUGUGUUGUCAAGGGUCACAGUUCCGCAUUACCAAAAGUGCCAUGGUGCGAUUGAAUAGAAGAUUUUGUGACUAUAACCUAACCUCAUCUGACCUGACCCGACCCUAACCUAACCUAUCCUAACGUAAAGACAGAAAUUAGCAUUGAGUUAGGGUGAGGGACAGUCUCGCCUCUCGGACCACAGAGCUGGAUUAGGGCAAGGCUCGGAUCAGUAGAGUGCGUUGCCGGUUACUGAGAUUGGGUACAGUUGAGGUACAGAUCAGGUGGAAGGGUACAGUUGAGAUAAAGGUACAGAUAAGGUGAAGAAAGGUCGCUGUGUGUGUUUCUAAUGGUACCUUUUUUGACAGGACAGAGAAAUGGUUAUGAAGAUUUAUUUAGCGUUUUUUUUCUUGUUUUUUCUACUUUGUAUUGUAGAAAAGGCAAACGGCUUGAAGAUUUAUUGAGUGUUUCUUGUUUUUCUACUUUUUAUUGUAGAAAAGAAAAUGUCAUGAAGAUUUAAUUAGCAUUUUGUGUUUCUACUUUCUAAUCAUAGGAAAGGGAAUAAGGUUAUGAAGAAUCAAUGAAUAUUUUUGCUUUUUCUACUUCUUUAAUCAUAGGAAGGUAGAAAGUUAUGAAGAUUCGACUAUUUUUUCAUAUUUUUGUACUUUUUAUACCAGAGAAAGAGAGAGAGAUGGUUGCAGAGAUCCAAGUCAUAUGUAUGUGUGUCUUAUGAAGUGGAGAAGUUUGCGAGUUAUUUUUAAUUCCACAACAAUUAGGAAGGAAUUAAACAGUCAAGAUUCAAUUAGACAGUAUUUUUUUGUGUGAUUUUUAAUGAAGAAAGAUUUGUAAGUUUAGUUUGACAAGGAUAAAGAAAAUAAAGUCGCCUCGAAUAUUGUAAGAUAAAGUCACAAGUUGCUAAAUGAAUUAAAGUAUUUUGUGGUGCAUUUUGUGGUACGUUUUUUAUGAAGUAGAAAAUUUUGCGAGUUUCAUUUGACAAGGAUAGAAAAUAAAGUUGCCUUGAAUAUUUUAAGAUAAAGUUACAAGUCGCUAAGUCAAUUAAAGUAUUUUGUGGUGCGUUUUGUGGUAUGUUUUUUAUGAAGUAGAAAGUUUUGUAAGUUUCAUUUGACAAGGAUAGAAAAAUAAAGUCGCCUGUAAUAUUUUUAGAUAAAGCUAUGAGUCACAAAGUCAAUUGAAGUAUUCUGUGGUGUGUUUUUUGUGAAGUAGAAAGUUUUGCGAGUCGUUUUUAAUUUGAGGUUUGAUAAAGUUUGCCUGUACUAGAGUAAGAUCAAAUGGUACUGUUUAAGAGUCACCUAAGUCAAGAAUUGAAGUAUUUUUCCACAUUUUCUACCUUUUUAAUGAAGUAGAAAGAUUGUAAGAGUGUAAGAUUGUGAGUUAGAUUACCACAUUAAAAUAAGCUAAAAUAAUAAUAAAAAAAAAAACAGGUAUUUCUUGAUUUAUGCUGUGUUUACGUUCAUGAAUGGAUCGCAUCAUGUAGAAAUGGCAGAGGAAACGUAAUUGAAUAACACUGCAACACACACCAGGCCGGGAGUGUUGGAUUCACCUCACAAUCCUCUCUACCUCAGGACACCACAUUUUCAAACCCUCUGUGGUGUCUCAGUGUAAACGAAUCUGCUAGUGUCUGGACAAAACCUGCAUGUGGGUCUUGUUUUGGUGGCAGCUGCUCCACCCGCCAGCCAACAAAAUCUAGGUAAUAUCUCCAGCGGGUAGUGUUGUCACCCACACAUUGAUACGCGAACCUGCUUUAAGUUGAAGGGUGUGAAUUGUGGGAUGUGUAUGAUGUGUUUGGUGAGGCAUUGAGAGUAAAGCAGAGAGAUGUCAAGACUAGUGGUGCGUGGGUAACAGUGAAACAUUUUUAUUAUGCAGUGAGAGAGCAGAGCAGAGAGAGAUGUCAAGACUAGUGGUGCGCAGGUAACAAACAUUUGAAACAUUAUUAUGCCAUGUAGAUGUUAUAUAGUCAUUACAAACUAACCAUCAUUUUAGGGAGCACAUUUAAAGACAAGGUAUAUUUUGAACACAAAGGGACAGUGUGUUGGCAGCACCAUCACCAAAGUUAAUAGUUGCCAGGCUUCAUUUUCCAGACAUGAUGUUCUGAAUAAUCCGCAUAAUUUGAAAAAAAUGGUUAGGUGUCUAGUUUGGCAAGAGGUUUUAAGACAUUUGUCCCGGAAUUUUGGAUAACUCGCAUGACCUUUACGAGAACUGGCAAUUCAAUGGACUUUUUUCUAUUUUCUUAUUUUAGUUAUUUUAUUUAUCAAUUUUUUUUUUCCUUAGCCAGUUGUCUCUCCUGCAUAAAAAAAAAAAAAACCACAUACUUCAAAAUCACACAAUCUGAACACGCAUAAAUGAAGAGAUACCUGUUAGUUAAGAUCCACGUAAGUCAAUUAAUGUAUUCUCACCUUUAUGAAGCAGAAGCAAGGGGCCCAGUGAACUCCUUAACUGAACUCCUUAACUCUUGAACACUGCGGGAUAGAAUUACACAGCGUUCACAGAUCACAGUGACAAACAGUGAUAUGACGGAACACACACGAUAUUUUCACAAUCUUUUUUAUAUGAAGCUGUAGAGAAGUGGUGUUAGUCUGGUGUUGCAAGGCCUCAGUGUUUCUGUGUGCAUUAGUGGUGCUGUUUGGGCAGGAAAUACUAGUAACACAGUCUUACUUAGGGAGAGAAGUGUUGUUAGGUUGGUGUGUGUUGUGUUGCAAGGCCUAGGUGGUGUGUGUGUGUGUGUGUGUGUUAGUGGUGCUGUUUGGGCAGGAAAUACUAGUAACACAGUUUUACUUAUAGUGUUGUUAGGUGUGUGUGUUAGUGGUAAAGUAGACCGGUGUGUGUUGUUGAGGCAGGAAAUACAAGUAACAAUGUAUCACUAAGAAGUAUUGACAACAAGAUACAGUGCAACCCUAUCCUUUAUCUAGAGACAAGAAUCCCCAUUAUUACUUCACAGUGUACAGAUAAAACUAGUCUUUAAUUUAUCUAGAACCAGCAAAGAGUUAAUAACAAAACACAAAAACCUAUUCUUUAUUUAGACGCUUAAGAAAAGAUAACAGUUAUGAAUUGAGAAUGUGUUGAAAAGAACCUAGUCUUGUAUUUAUUUAGAACCAGCGAAGAACUACUAACAAGAAGAUAGAAAACAAUUUAUUCUUUAUUGAUUUAGAAGCAUAAACAAAAAUACAGUAAUGAAUUGAGAAUGUACUGAUAAACUAGUCUUUUUAUUUUGUCUAGAA